AUUAGAAAAUGAUUAUUUUUCCCUAUCCAGUAAAUUCUUCUGAAUUUUUUUCCAAACAACAUUCUCUCUAACACAGCCGCCUUUGUGACCGUCCGAUUUUAAAUCAGCGUUUCCGGUUCAUUUGACGGCAGCGCUCUCCCUCUCUCUCUCUAGAAUUGAUGAAGAAAAGCAUCUAUCUUUUUUGUUUUUGAAAAUCAACAACACUUCACGAGGGUUGACCUGUUUCGGUGGUGUUUCUUCAAUUCAUCCCGAAUUUUGAUCUUUCGUUUCGAUCGAAGAUCAAUCAAAGUUUCCACCUUUCUUCAAUGGAUUUGGAUAGCAUGGACUGUACAUCCACCGUGGAUGUGACUGAUGAUGAAGAGAUCCACCAAGAUCGCCAUUCCUACGCUUCUGUUUCCAAGCAUCAUACUAAUCACACCAACCUGAAUGCUGCUGCUUCUGGGCUUCUUCCGACCACCACCAGUGUUCAUGAGCUUCUCGAAUGUCCUGUCUGCACCAAUUCUAUGUACCCUCCCAUUCAUCAGUGUCACAAUGGACAUACUCUGUGUUCAACCUGUAAAAACAGGGUUCACAACCGCUGCCCAACUUGUAGACAAGAGCUCGGUGAUAUCCGUUGUUUGGCACUGGAAAAAGUAGCCGAAUCACUUGAACUACCAUGUAAACACAUGUCACUUGGAUGUCCUGAAAUCUUCCCUUAUUACAGUAAGCUCAAACAUGAGACUGUAUGUAACUUCAGGCCUUAUAACUGUCCGUAUGCUGGAUCCGAGUGUUCUGUUACAGGCGAUAUCCCUUUCCUAGUUGCUCAUCUGAGGGAUGAUCAUAAGGUGGAUAUGCAUUCUGGGUGUACUUUCAACCAUCGUUAUGUCAAGUCUAAUCCUCGUGAAGUCGAAAACGCCACAUGGAUGUUAACUGUCUUUCAUUGCUUCGGUCAAUACUUCUGCCUACACUUUGAGGCAUUCCAGCUCGGAAUGGCUCCAGUCUACAUGGCCUUUCUGCGUUUCAUGGGGGACGAGACAGAAGCGCGGAACUACAAUUACAGUUUAGAAGUGGGAGGUUAUGGACGGAAGCUGAUAUGGGAAGGAACACCGAGAAGCGUAAGAGACAGCCACAGGAAAGUUAGAGACAGUCAUGAUGGACUAAUUAUACAAAGAAACAUGGCUCUCUUCUUCUCAGGUGGAGAUAGGAAAGAGCUGAAACUUCGAGUCACUGGAAGGAUCUGGAAAGAGCAACAACAAAGUGGUGAAGGUGGAGGAGCUUGUAUCCCAAACUUGUCUUGAAAAUGGAUAAGAAAUCAAAUUGAUUUUUGAAAACCUCGCCGACUUGUCUCUGUUAACCAUGGUCCUUGGUAGUGAUAUAUCUGUAAUUAGGGUUUUCUCUGACGAUAAACUUGGGUUGUUCUUAUGUACCUCUCUCUGUCCUUCUCUUUCUCAUGUCAUGGAGGUUUUUUUUUUUUUUUUAAUAUAUAGUUUCAUCACAAUUCUGCUGUAUCUGGAAAAUGUAAAAUGUUGAACCUUUUAUCAACUGUAGUGUUCAUAAAUCUCAUUCAAAAAGAGUAA